GGUACCUUUUUUUAACUAAAGGUGUAAGAAAGGGGUACCCUUUCUCUCAAAAUGGUGUACGAAAAGGUAAGGGGUUGGACCUCGGGGCGGAGUCUCACAGGUGCCUUCGGGGAAUCCUAUCUACCGCUGCCAUGGCAACGCAAGAGGCUUGCUCUACUUGAUUGUGACUUGAGCCCCGAUUCCUUCCCGCCACAGCUGUCACGUGACUGGCCUAAAGGGCGGUUCAUCUGGUUUACCGCGGACAGACAAUGCCGUAUAUUUGUUAACUUCAUUGAUCACAUGAAACUUGUCAUAACUCAGCCUGGAGGCGAUAUAGAGAAGGCUUUUAAACAAUACAGCAAGCUUCUGUCGGCCAUAGAAGGAUGUCUAACACGAAAAGGAAAUAAGUUCAUGUGGAGCUCAAAAUACGGAUUUUUGACGAGUUCAUCGCAUGAUGUUGGUACAGGACUUGAAGUGCAAGUUAAGGCUCGAGUAUCAAAGGCUUAUAAAGGUGAAAACUAUGUACAACAAACUAUGGACUACAAAGCCCAACCUCGCUCCCAAGGUGAUCUACUCCAGUAUUCGAAAGGAGAGCAAGCGCCUUUCUUGGUAGAAAGUCUUCGCAACAUAAUCUUGUGCGCUAUCAAGGUGAUGUAGAGUGAGCAGGG